GUAUCUUCUGGUCACAUAAUAGCUUCAUGUCUACACAAGUCGGUUGCAUCCUGUCCUACUGAUUGCCAUCGACACCCCACGGCUUUACCAAUAUGAUCUAAGAUGUCUCCUAUCAUGCGUUUAUUUGGCAAGGCGCAGAAAGACCAAGAACGUGAUAGGGCAUGGACUGCACUUGCCGAUGAAGAGGUAGGCGCUAAGCGGAAAGGCUCGAAAGAAAAGAGCAAUCAUCAAUCUGCGGGAGCGCAAGCAAGCUAUAGCUCUUCUAAGUUGCAACUUAAACCGGAUGACGCCAACGAUCUCGACACUCAACCGUUCGUGGCCACCAUCCCAGAAUUCUCCAAGGGAAAACUUUUACUCUGGCGAUUAAGCAUUAUUUUGCCCUUCCUCACGGCCGGGUGCCUUCUGUACUUGUUGACAUGCUCGACAUCGUCUUGGAGAGCAAAUUGGAGCUCCAUCAAGAUUGAAUUGCCAAGUACUGAAUUUGAAAGCCUCUAUGCUAGUGGCUCAACGAUCACUAGGGAGUCUUCAAAUAGUACGCCUUCUCGCAGGGAUUAUGCGAACAAAGUAUCAGCCAAACCAAUCCAUAACAAGCGAGUAAACAACACCGAUGAUGCAUUAGGCGGACAUCUUUCCUUAAAUAUGUGGGGAUGGUGCUUGAAGUCAACUGAGCAGACUACCGCUAUCAUGUGCUCUUCAGAAAGCAUGUGGUUUAGUAUGGAUGAUCUUGUUGACUCAUCCUCGACACGCUCGAGAGAGCUCACUACCGACACCUUCAAUCAUUUCUUGGUGCACGCUCUCAUUGUGCAUGGGUUUGCUAUGUUAUCCACUAUGCUUGCUUUGAUUCCGAUUGUCCUGAACACCUGGCGCAUCCUUCGGGCCCAGAAGCCAAAGAUCAACACCAGCUGGUUUGAGAACAUAAGUCUUUCGCUUGCAAGUAUUCUGUGCCUUAUUUCGUGGAUUGUCAAUCGAUGCCUACAAGCAAGUGUUUCCAGCAAGCUACCAGAUUACAAUGUAGACGCCGGGAUUGCAUCCAUUAUCACGGGUGUGUCGUCAAUUCUUCUAGCGGCGAUUUUCUUGGUAUCAGCAGUGCCAUGCCUCUACUUGCACAUGAGACGCCAGAAUCAAUUGCUGAAAUAUUGGAUGAACCUCGAAGAUUAUGACGAAGCUGUGGCCAGACAGCAUUCAUCAGAAGCAGAGAAAGGCAAUAACAAGAAUUACGAUAUGGGUAAUAAAGGAAGGUCCACGAGACGCCCACGGCCGAGGAGAGGUUUACGCGAUCAUCGUUUGACCAAGAUGAUAUUUGGUGGAGGCUAUGACGACAGUGAGAAAAGGAAAGAUAAGGGUCGUCGACGGGAAGAGCAGGCAAGCCAGCGCCGGGGUAGGAGAUCAAGGAGGCGGGAUAGAAGGAAAUAUGGACAUAGACGUAGACAUAGUAGACGUUAGCUGAGGAGUGCGAAUAGUGCGAGAAACGGGAAAUGCAUGCUGAAAAUGGU